CCGGCCUGGCCCGGAAACCGCAUAAAUUCGAGCUGUCCGUAUUCCAAAUGACACAUCCACCCUCCAACUCAGAUGUUCUCCAAGCUCUUCACUGUCGCUCUGGGCGCACUGUCAUUCAUCACUGACAGCGCCGUUCCUUCCUGGCGCAACAAUCCACAACAACCGCAAGGACUGACUGAGCUUCGAGCUUCGCUGGUGGCGCCAAUCUAUCAGCCGAAACCUGGGACUUACCGUAUUCAACCUUCGAACUACGGCUACGCCGAGAUCCACACGUACAACGUGGGGCAGCCGCUGUUCGUCAGCCUCGGACGCGAAUAUCCAGGACUGUACAGCUCGUUCGAGCUGGUAUUACUUGAUGGCUCGAGCCAUGUCUUCGGGCUCAAAAACAUCGGACAAAACUCUAACGUCGUCGUAGAUGGAGACAAUACAUUCGUUACUACGACGGAUGGGGACUUCCCGCAGGGAUUCACGAUGGAGCGCACUGAGACUGAGGGCUAUUUCCUUGUGAGAAUGAAUUUGGCGGCCCAAAGAAAAGAUGAACUGAACAACCGGAAGGUCCGCACCACCGAUGGCAGUAACCGCGUGUGGACCCUCAACCCUGACGAAGGGCCCAUCGCACCACGGAUCAUGCUCGCCCCAGCGACCGACGCAGAAUUGAGCGAUUCUCAGCGCUUUCAAUUCGUCCCGGCGAGCAGCGACGAUGUCUCCCGCGUCGUCGGGCAUUCCGCCAAAUUCCCUUGCCAGUCGAAGUCCAUCAGCUCCGCCUCUCCGAUCGCCCCUGGCCGCUACAGAAUCAUUGACUCGUACGUCCUCAGCUGGUUGCGCAGCUACGUCGAGGGCGAGGAUAUGUACACCGGGAUCGAUAUCGAUUUUCCCGCGGACUUUGGCGUGUGGGACGUGGCGGGAGAUGACGAAUCGGGGUACACCGUCACAAACGUCGGACAGAAUCUGCCCUUGUCCUUGACCCCAUCCAAGACACUGUCCCCAAACUCCGGCGCGACGCCCGCCAAAUUCAACUUCACCGCACGUGCGGGGGACAGCCGCCGCAUUGUCGUGGCAUUGACCACCGGGGAAGGUGUGUGGCAGGUUGAUCUCAGUCAGAGCCCGCUCCGUGCGCCGAUCAAGAUCCAGCCGCAGGACAACAAUGUCAUAGUGCAGGAGUUCAACUUCCUUUCCGAUUGAGGGAUGAUAAGCGAGCAAAUCUUACUGCAGGACAUGAACGGCGCGAUUGCUCUGAUCCUGUAUAGAAUGAAACUAUAGUGUGUCAUGCCAUGCGCGCCUUCAUUUCCAAUCCACAUCAUUAAGAUUCCGCAAGAAAUUUGCACGUGAUCGGCAAACGGCAGGGGUCCCCCUGACAGUGCAGAUAUCGUACCAUACAAAAAUGUCGUAAAUAGUGUAAUUGAAAUCUAAUCUA